CGGCGCCGUUCGUCCGUCCUCUCCCUCCUUUUCUCUCCUUCUACCAUCUAGGAAGCUUCUAAACUCGCCCGGGGGAGUAGCCUCCACCAUGAAUCGGCAGUCGACGAUGCCGCCGCAACAGCUCGAGUCCGUCACGGACCUUGCGACGCUCUCGCCGGUCUCGGAGGACAUCAUCGUGUCAUGCAUCCGCGAGCGGUUUAUGAACGACAACAUCUACACCUCCAUUGGGACCUCUGGACUCGUCGCCGUGAACCCGCACAAGUACGUGCCAAGCAACUCGGACGCCGUCCUGCACAAGUAUGCCGCCGAGUACCGCGACACCUCCCCGGACAACACUCGGCUCCCGCCCCACAUCUUCCAGCUCGCGAACAAUGCGUACUACCACAUGCGGAGGACAGCGCAGGACCAGUCCAUGCUCUUCACUGGUGAGACAGGAAGCGGGAAAUCAGAGAACCGCAGGCUCGCGAUUAAGACCCUCCUCGAGCUCAGCGUCAGCCAGCCAGGCAAGAAGGGCUCAAAGCUCGGCAACCAAGUGCCCGCGGCAGAGUUCGUGCUCGAGGCGUUCGGCAACUCUCGCACGUUGUUCAACCCCAAUGCGUCGCACUUCGGCAAGUAUACCGAGCUGCAGUUCACGGAGCGCGGCCGUAUCAGCGGUGUUAAGACGCUGGACUACUACCUGGAGCGCAAUCGAGUGGCGGGAGCACCAUCGGGCGAGCGCAACUUCCACAUCUUCUACUACCUCGUCGCCGGUGCGUCUCCGGAGGAACGGCAACACAUGCACCUAUCGGACAAGACCCAGUACAGGUAUCUGGGUGCCCGAGUGCCGGCGGCAAGCGGGCGGGGAGCGAACGCGAACGAGGACGCGGUGCGGUUCGAUCAGCUGAAGGUCGCGCUCAAGAACGUCGGCUUCUCCAAGAGGCAUGUGGCCCAAACAUGUCAGCUCAUCGCCGCGAUCCUCCACCUGGGUAACCUCGAGUUCACCGUGGAUCGCCAUCGGAACGAGGACGCCGCCGUGGUCCGAAAUCUUGAUGUCCUCGAAAUCGUCUCCGAAUUCCUUGGCGUCCAGGCCGCCGCGCUCGAGGCUACGCUCUCGUACAAGACUAAGCUCGUCAAGAAGGAGCUUUGCACGGUCUUCCUCGACCCAGAUGGCGCCUCCGACAACAGGGACGAGCUCGCAAAGACCCUGUACUCCCUCCUCUUCGCGUGGCUGAAUGAGCACAUCAAUCAGCGCCUGUGCCGUGACGACUUUGCGACGUUCAUCGGCCUCUUCGACCUGCCGGGUCCCCAGAACAUGACGAGCCGGCCGAACUCGCUGGACCAGUUCUGCGUGAACUUCGCGAAUGAGCGCCUCCUCAACUUCAUCCAGAAGAGGCUCUUCGAGGCGCACGUUCAGGAGUACAACACCGAAGGGAUCUCUCGCUUUGUGCCCCACGUUCCCUACUUCGACAACUCCGAGUGUCUGCGCUUGCUCCAGCACCGUCCGGGCGGACUCAUCCACAUCAUGGACGACCAGGGCCGGCGGAUGCCUCGGAAGACCGAUCACACCAUGGUGGAGGCGUUCACGAAGCGUUGGGGCAACCACUCAUCCUUCAAGGCGGGCGGUAUGGAUCGUCAGGGCUUCCCCACGUUCACUGUCAACCACUACAGCGGGCCUGUUACCUACUCGGCGAGCGGCUUCCUAGAGAAGAACUUGGACGCCAUCAACCCCGACUUCGUGUCGCUGCUCCGCGGCACGAGCGCGGGCACAACCGACGCCCCCGCUGCCGACGGUUCGGGCUCCAUGAACCCCUUCGUCCGCGGUCUCUUCUCCGCGAAGGCGAUCGCGACCCAGGCACACCCACGCGACGAGGACACUAUCGUCGCCGCACAACAGCCCGUUAAGCCCAUGCGUGCGCCGUCGACACGCCGCAAGAACACCAUCAAGCGGAUGCCGACUCUCAAGGAGGGCGGCGACAUCGACGAGAAGGACCGCGAGGAGGACGAGGGCCCCACUCCGGGCGGAGCUCCUUGCGUCGCCGGCGAGUUCAGGCAGGCGCUCGAUGUACUAUUCGAGACGCUUGAGGACACGCAGUCGUGGUAUGUAUUCUGCAUUAACCCCAACGACUCUCAACUACCCAACCAGAUGGAGGGCCGCUCAGUCAAGGCGCAAGUACGGAGCGUCGGGCUCUCGGAGAUUGCGCGCCGUUCCGUCAACGUGUUCGAGGCGAUGAUGACCCCGGACGAGUACACUCAGCGCUACGGGGGCCUGCUCCAGGCUGUGGGCGUUUCGGAAGGUGACUCCCGCGAGCAGGUUGAGCAGUCGAGGACUGCUCUGGGCUUGCAGGAGCGCGACGUCGUCCUUGGGUUGUCUAUGGUCUUCCUUUCGCAAGCAGCGUUCCACCGUCUCGAGGAUGAUCUCCGUUCGAAGGACACCGAGGAGCAGAAGCGGAACCGUAUGCGCGAUGCUGAGGCGGAAGCCGGUCUCGACCCUCGUGACCUAGGUGACCCCUAUGCUCCCUACCAGGUCCCCGGCGCAGAGAACUCUCCCUACGCCGGUGACUUCGGCGACCCCUUCGCGACUUCCAACCAGGCGCUGCCCCUCGUUCAACACGCCUCUCCCUUCCAACGUGCUGACAUGUACGAUGAUUACGACGAACGGAAAUCCUUCCGUGGUGACGACUUUGACGGGCGCAGUGCUUACACGAGCCAGCGCGAUGACGCCUCGGUGUCUAACUUUGGGACGGAGUCCUACGCGCCUUCCCGCAACAUGUUCCAGAACACGGACGGGAAGGGCCUUCUCGACAAGGAGGCGAUCGCUGGCGAGAUCCAGGAGGGCGAGACGACGGAGGUAGUCAAGGAGUCCUCCGCACGCCGGAGAUGGGUACUCCUUUGCUGGAUGCUCACCUGGUUCAUCCCGAACUUCGCGCUCACGAAGAUCGGGCGCAUGAAGCGCGACGACGUGCGACAGGCGUGGCGGGAGAAGCUGGCGAUCAACAUGAUCAUUUGGUUUGUCUGUGGAUGCGCGAUCUUCGUCAUCGCCAUCAUCUCGCCCCUCAUCUGCCCCCGCGAGCACAUCUUCAACAGCCAGGAGCUCGCGGAGCACUCCGUCGAGAACAACCCUAACAACGUGUACACGUCCAUCCGCGGCGAGGUCUUUGAUUUGACAUCCAUCGCGGCGGACCACGAGCGUACGGUCACUGUCGUCCCGGCGAAGUCGAUCCUCAAGUACGGCGGUGCCUCUGCGGACAACGUCUUCCCGGUUCAGGUCAGCGCGCUUUGCAACGGUAUCUCCGGAACGGUCAGCCCGUACGUCGUCCUCAGCUCGAGCAACAACACGGACGUCAACGCUCAGUACCACGACUUCCGCUCCUGGACCACGGACCCUCGCCCUGACUGGUACUUCGAGUCGAUGACCCAGAUGCGGUGGCAGGCACGUGUCGGCUACGUUGCGUACAGCUCCAAGCAGCUCAAGUCCAUGGCGUCUUCGGGUAACUCGGUUGGUAUCUACCGCGGCUUCGUGUACGAUUUCACCACCUACACGAAGAGCCCGCCCUCUGUCGCCACUCUGCCCAACAACGCGGUCGCCCCCGGAGACAUCGACACGCAGUUCAUGCACCAGUCCAUCAUCGACGUCUUCCGGCACAGCGGUGGAUCGGACGUUACCAAGCAACUGGACGGGCUGAACAUCGACUCGGACACCCUGAACAGGCAGCGCGUCUGCAUGCGCAACCUGUUCAUGAUCGGCAAACUCGACACGCGUAACUCCCCUCAGUGCCUCUUCGCCACCUACAUCCUGCUCGCGCUCUCGAUCAUGAUGGUUAGCGUUAUCGGCUUCAAGUUCAUCGCGUCCAUCAACUUCAGCGCCUCCCGCGCGCCCGAGGACCACGACAAGUUCGUUAUUUGCCAGGUCCCGUGUUACACGGAAGGCUACGCGUCGCUCAAGAAGACGAUCGACUCGCUCGCGCAGAUGAAGUAUGACGACAAGCGCAAGCUCCUGUUCAUCAUCUGUGACGGUAUGGUCGUCGGUUCCGGAAACGACCAGCCCACUCCGCGUAUCGUCCUCGACGUCCUCGGCGCGAACCCCAACGUGGACGCGGAGCCGCUGAGCUUCCUCUCGCUCGGCGAGGGUGCGAAGCAGCACAACAUGGGCAAGGUCUUCUCGGGUCUGUACGAGACCGCCGGUCACGUCGUUCCGUAUCUCGUUGUCGUCAAGUGCGGCCGGCCGGGGGAGAAGUCCCGUCCUGGUAACCGUGGUAAGCGUGACUCACAGAUGGUCAUCAUGCACUUCUUGAACAAGGUCCACUACGGUACUCCCAUGAACCCGCUCGAGCUGGAGAUCUUCCACCAGAUCAAGAACGUCAUUGGUGUCAAUCCGACUUUCUACGAGUACGUGUUCAUGGUGGAUGCCGAUACGACGGUCGCCCCUCUCUCGCUGAACCGGCUUGUCUCUGCCAUGAUUCACGACAAGAAGCUGCUCGGUGUCUGCGGUGAAACAGAACUGGCGAACGCGAAGCAGUCACUCAUCACCAUGAUGCAAGUCUACGAGUACUUCAUUUCCCACCACAUGGCGAAGGCCUUCGAGAGUUUGUUCGGAUCCGUGACCUGUUUGCCCGGUUGUUUCACGCUCUACCGCCUCCGCACCCCGGACACCCACAAGCCCCUGUUCAUCAGCAAUCAGGUGCUCGACGACUACUCGGAGAACCGUGUCGACACCCUGCACAUGAAGAACCUGCUGCAUCUCGGUGAAGAUCGUUACCUCACGACGCUGCUGCUCAAGCACUUCUCGAAUUACAAGACGCAGUUCGUUCGGGACGCCCACGCAUACACCGUCGCGCCCGAUGACUGGCAGGUUCUGCUGUCCCAGCGUCGUCGCUGGAUCAACUCUACGGUGCACAACUUGGGCGAACUCGUCUUCCUGGACCAGCUCUGUGGUUUCUGCUGCUUCUCUAUGCGGUUCGUCGUCAUGAUCGAUCUCUUGUCCACGAUCAUCCAACCGGUUACUGUGGCCUACCUCGUCUACCUCAUCUACCUCGCGGCGGGCGAACACUCUCAAAUCCCUACCCUGUCUAUCAUCCUCAUCGCCGCUGUCUACGGUAUCCAAGCACUCGUGUUCAUCUUGCGUCGCAAGUGGGACAUGAUCGGCUGGAUGGUCUUCUACAUCCUCGCCAUCCCCGUGUUCUCGCUACUGUUGCCGUUGUACUCGUUCUGGCGCAUGGACGACUUCUCCUGGGGUCAGACACGUGUCGUUUUGGGUGAAGCUGGCAAGAAGAUCAUUGUUCACGAUGAGGGCAAGUUCGAUCCUCGGUCCAUUCCUCUCAAGUCUUGGAACGACUACGAGAACGAGCUCUGGGACAAGGAGUCCAACCACAGCAUCGGCUCAUGGGUGCCGCCCACGAAGAUGCGCAACGACGGCUACGCGGAGUCUCAGACCGCGUCCGUCUACGGUCGCGAGACGAUGUACGAGCCCGCGAUGUCCCGCGCGUACUCCCCGGCGCCGUCACAAGCGCAGAUGAUGUACCCUCCCCCCGGGUACCAGUCUGGGCGCAACACCCCGCUGUCGCACGUCAUGAUGCCGGGCGUCCUGCACCAACCGAUGCCCUCACGUCCAGCAAGCAACUACCUCGACGUCCAGAUCCCCGCGACACGGAGCCCAGACGACCAAGACUUCAUGGGCGGCCCGUCGGACGCCGAGAUCGAGCACGCUGUGGAGGAGCGCCUCCGCAACGCCGAUCUGACGACGGUCACGAAAAGGGAGAUCCGCCGACGGCUCGAGGAGCAGUUCGGGAUGGACCUCUCCGCGCGCAAGCGGGUGAUCAACGACGCCAUCGACCGCGUACUGCUCGCGCGCGCAGGGUAAUCGUGCCUCGGACGCUCGUGUUCAGACAGACACUAUUGCUAGUUAUGGUUAUGCCCCUCCUCACGUCACGCUUUCGUACACUUUCCGCCUAUAUCUCCAUCUCUUUUCUUACAAGGAUUCAUCGCAGUACGGACAUCUCGGACUCCCGCUCGUCGUCGCAUCUGGCAUUCUCUCACUCGUAUAAUCCCCAGUCUGCGGCACCACUGUCGCGGCCACCACCAC